UGCGUGGUGUUUAAGUUCUGAUGAUUUCAGUCAGUUCUGUAUUUAUUUAGUAAAAUAAUCCGUUAUUCUCUUUAAUUUAGGUUGGACUCGGUAGUGAGGAGAGAUGGCACAGCGGGUUGCUGUGAACGACUCCUCCGCGUCUAAACGGCCCUCGCGGGUCCGUGUGGCGGUGCGGCUGCGGCCCUACGUGGACAAGCAGGACGAGAAGGCCGAGGGACCCUGCGUGAGAGGACUCGGACCACAAUCCCUGGAGAUCAUCAACUGGAGGAACGCCACAGAGACGCUGCAGUAUCAGUUCGACGUGUUUCAUGGAGAGAACAGCACUCAGCAGGAGGUCUUCCUGUCCUCGGUGAAGCCCAUCGUUCCACACAUCCUGAGUGGCCAGAACGCCAGCGUCUUCGCUUACGGACCCACCGGAGCCGGUAAGACCCACACCAUGCUGGGGAGUCAGGAGCAGCCCGGUGUGAUCCCCAGGGCCGUACGUGAGGUGUUCCAGCUCGUACGCAACCACGAAAAAGACCAGGAUGAAUGGAAGUUCUCUGUAGGCAUGUCCUACCUCGAAAUCUACAAUGAGAAGGUUUUGGACCUUCUGUCUCCGAGUUCUCAGGAUCUGCCCAUCCGCGAGGACAAGGACAAAAACAUCAUCAUCCCGGGCCUGACCCAGACGCCCCUCUCGUCCUUCUCGGACUUCCACGCUCACUUCGUCCCCGCCAGCCUGAAACGCACCACGGCGUCGACCAAACUGAACCAGCGCUCCAGCCGCAGCCACGCCAUCCUCCUCAUCAAGGUGGUGAAGUGCCAGCGCGUGCCCCCACACAGACGGCAGACGGGGAAGCUCUACCUGGUGGACCUGGCCGGCUCGGAGGACAACCGGCGCACCGGCAACCAGGGCAUCCGCCUGAAGGAGAGCGGCGCCAUCAACCUCUCCCUCUUCACCCUCAGCAAAGUGGUGGACCGUCUGAACGCGGGCGCCGGGGGCCGCGUGCCCUACCGCGACAGCAAGCUCACCCGCCUGCUGCAGGACUCGCUGGGCGGCUCGGCGCACUCCGUCACGAUCGCCAACAUCGCCCCGGAGUACAAGGACUACUUCGACACGUUCACCGCGCUCAACUUCGCCGCCAAGUCCAAGAACAUCGUCAACAAGCCCUUCGUCAGGGAGACGGUCCUGACCUCCACCGCCGCAGGAAAGAGGGUCAGAGAGGAGCAGGAUGCCGGGGGGUCCGCAGAACCCCAGAAUAAAAAGUUGAAGGAAGGAAAGAGAGCAGAGCAGCCCUCACCCACACAGCCUCACGGCCCGGCGGCGGAUUCCACCGUUCUGGACCGACUUCUAGCUCUGGAGAAGAUGAUGCUGGGAACCCCGGAGAAGGACCGACUCAAUCUGCUCAAGACGGUCGCACAGUCACGCAAAGAGAUCCAGAUGCUGAAGGAGAAGCAGAAGGAGCUGGAGGAAAAGGCCGACCUGUUGAACAAACUGACCGGAGAUCAGAGCGACGCUAAAGACCCAACGGAGGACGCGAGGGCGAGUAAAUCUCUCUUCAGGACCGACCUGCCCCCCCUCCACAGGAAGCAGUCCGUCGCCAAAUCCAAAAAACAAGCCGUCGUCACGCCGCUUCAGGUGUCUCAGGUGCAGCCCAUGGUCUGUAAACCGUCCCAGACUCUGGAGAAAAAGAGGAAACGGAUCCAGUCUGAGAUCUCGGAGGGUAAGGAGAACAGCGGCCUGGACGUCAGCGGCGGCGAGGAGAACUGGGAAUCCCGAUUAGACUCGUCACUACUGGAACAGUCCAAGAUGAAGAUCCUCCAGACGCUGAACUCGGGCUCGAUCAAAGAGCUGAAGAGCCUGCAGCUCAUCGGGGACAAGAAAGCCAAACUCAUCCUGGGGUGGAGGGAGAUCAACGGAGACUUCACACAGGUGGAAGAUUUAAAGAAGCUUGAAGUUAUUACAGAUAAACGUUUCUCCUCCUUCAUUAAGGCCAACAUUCUCAGCGUGAUGGGCAAGUGAGCCGGCGUCCGUGUGUGGAGGAGGAAAUCAAAACGCUUGUUCGCUUUAAAGACUUUUUACCCAACCGACUGUGUACCAUACGAACCCCUUUAUCCAGAAAUGUUGGGACACUUUUUAAAAUGCAGUAAAAAUCUAAAAACCCCAAUAGAAUAGUGACGCCUGCAGCACACUCGAGAAUGCUCAUCGCGGGACGUCACCGGGUCUCAUUCUGUCCACACAACACGAUGGCUUUGUAAACGCAGAGUACGUGUGCUGGACCGGCCUGCCUGCAGUCCAGAUCCGCCUCCUAUAGUAAACACCAGCGCAUCAUGAAGAGGAGAAUCGGACGGCGGCAUGCAUGGACUGUUGAGCAGCUGAAGCUGUAUCAAGCAAGAACGGAGAGAAAUUGAUGGAACACGGGCGAACACGCCCCCGUCUUGACUUUUUUUGGAGUCUGUUACAGGGAUCAGAUUCUAAACGUGUUUCUAUUUACAAACUAGAAUGAAGUCGAUCAGUGAAACAUUUGAACACGUCACACGUUUCGGUUUUUAUUGCUUUUUUAGAACUUGUCCCAACUUUUCUGGAAAUAGGGUGCAUUUUAAAGUUUUACAUUGAUUUAUGUACAUACUUUACCUUGUAUUUUUUUCUGUUUUACUGGACGGCUUUAGUUUUAUUUAAAUGUGUACAUGUGUUGUGCAUUUUAUCCAGCUUUGCAUUAAUAAACCCCCACUGUGUCUAUUUCA